UAAAAAAUAAGUAGAAUUAUGAAAGGAAGCAAAGUAGUUUAGACGUACAUGAUAAUGACAUAUUAAUAGAACCAAUUAAUCCAAUUUUUGUCAUACAAAUACAAAAUUAACGUCUAGUUUUUAUAUAUUUAGGGGAUGUCAUAACGCAACCUUUGGCGGGCCGGUUCGACUUUCCAAAUGUCGGCCGGCAAGUCUUCUCAUCUUCCUACUUCACACCCAAGAUUAUUUCCUUCAUUUUUUUCGUCAAAUCAUUUCCUCUUUUAAUUUCUUCGUCAAAUUCUUUCCUUUUUUUUCUCUAUUCUUUCCACAAUUCCGGGAUUGCCCUGUUUUUUCCCCUCUUCACUUUGAUUUUAUUUGUGGGUAUAUUUUUUUUGAAUUUUGUGUUGAAAAUGUUUGAUUGUGAGACCCAUUUAGUUCUUCUGUGAGAAAUUCUGGGCGAUUUACUGUCUACUCAUUCUGGGUUAAGUGUUUUGAGACUACAUGGUAGCAGUUGAGCAAAGAUCUUAAGAAAUGGUAACAGAAGAGAGAAAUAUGUCGAGUGUUCUUGCGAAGUUGAUGGGUAUUGAUAGGCCAUCAACCUCGAAUACUAAACAUCGAAGGCAUAGAGUGCUCUCAGAGAACUAUCAUCAGAACAUUGCUUCAGUUGCUAAAAGGGAGAGAGUGUGUUUGUAUUCGGAUGAUGCUGAUUCUGACAUGGGUGAUAGUGAGGAUGCAGUCGAAUUUUCAGGAGGAACAAGUGUCAUUGAUUAUGAGACUUACGAGAAUUUACUCUCUCGAACUGAGAGGUCCUUUCUCACUGGAAGAUCAUUUUCGUCAUCUAGCUCCUCUUUUGGUGACAGGAAGCGAAAAACUUCUGUGUCUGAGGAAAUAAAUGGUAUGCAACUUCAAGGGAGGAACACGUUACGCUCACGUAAUAGAAUAAAAUCUCCAGUUGAAGGUUCUUUGUCAUCUCAAGAAAUAGCAAAACAAAUUACUGGGCAAGUAAACCAUAGUAUAUGGCAUAGUUGUGCAGAAUUAUCCAGAUCUAGGCUUAGAGAUGAAAAGAGUUCUGAAAAUGAAGACAGGGGGAAAAUGACUUUAUCUGCUUAUUUGCUUGAUUCAGAGAAGAAACAUGAACCUUUAUCAUUCAAUCCAGUCAACAGUUCUACUAGCAGGGAAUCUCAAAAAUCCAGAAAACAACUCUCAGAAAGAUGGAGGACGAGAAAAUGCUCCGAAGAAGUAAGAACAUCUUGUGUAAGCAAAAUCCAAGAUGAAGUGCUUGUUACAAGUGGUAAUGGAAGGAAUUCUGUUCUCAAAACUAGUGAUGGGAAUUUAAGCUCUCCCUUUCAUACUGCCACUGUGAAUGGUUGGCCUGUUUUUGCUGCCAGAUACUUGUCUAAACCAGAAUGUUUUCCUUCUGCUUGGCUUCCUAGAAGCAGACCAAGGCAUUUCACUUUCGAUAAAAGUUGGUGUUUAAGACCAGAAAAAUGGGAUAGUAACCAAUGUGAUGCAGAGGAGGAAAAAUCAGGGCUUAAAGACAUACAGUCAACAUCCGAAUCUAGUAGCUUGGACUCAGAGAAGCCAUGUAUUCACCAAGAAGCGCCCCUAAUCCUCAAUGGUUCAUCAGUUGAGCUUCCCGAACAAAAAUCUUAUGAAGACACUUUCACAGUGACCAGGUCCUUAAGUAGGAGAUCUUAUUCGGAUACAGAGAAUUCCACUUAUGAUGAGGCUCACGUAAUUGUGAAUGAUACUGGGGGCACACCUCGAAAGAGCAAUGUUUCUCAAGAUAGAAUUGUUGAGUCCCUACCUUUAGAUUGUAAUUUUACUCCAGGCUGGGAGAAUGAGGAAGGUGCUGAUCAACAGGAUAAAGAAAUGAAUAUGUCCACAAAUUUUGGGAUGGAGGUCUUGUCAGCUAAGUCAACUUCAUGCAUUUUGUUGGAUGAUGGAGAAUAUUGGAAAAACCAGUUGAAAAACAAAAACAAUGCUUCUGAACCAAGGUCUCCUGUGAGUUCAUUGGAAGGGCCAGAGGCUUGUAGUCAGGUUCAAAAUUUAACUGUGGAGGUAGCAGAACAUUUGUCAGUUCAAGUAGAGAAUGAUACCCAUGGGUUUCAAAGAAAAUUUCAACUGAUAGAGACCAUGUCUUUAGAAUCAAGAUCAGAGGGACCUGAAAUGGCAGUAUCUAGUGAGGAGGGCGAAAAUGAAGGUUCAGUUGGUUUAUAUCAGAACGAUCCACAAAUAAUGGAAAUUUAUCAAACUUUAAUCAAAGAGAGUUGGGAUUUUUCAUAUGUAGUUGAUGUGGUGGUGGAAUCAGGUCUUCAUAUGAGGGACUUGGAGAUGGAAAGCAAAACUUGGUGCUUGCAGGGUUAUGUCUUGGAACCUUCAGUAUUUGAUAUGCUAGAGAAGAAGUACGGCAAGCAUAUGCCAUGGGAGAAAUCAGAUAGACGGCUCUUAUUUGACCGCUUAAACUCAGGGCUACUGGACAUUUUCAAACCUUCUGUUGGCUUAAAUACAUGGAAACAACCUGUAACAAAAAGAUUAAGUUCAAGGCAAAAAGGUCAGGAGGGGAUCGAGGAAGAACUAUGGUCGUUGCUGGUGAACCAGCAAGAGGAAUUCAAGAGGGAGUCAUUUGAUAAACUGUAUAUAAAGGAGAUUGGAUGGUUAGACUUAGAAGAAGAUACAGAUUUGAUAGUACAAGAAAUACAGAGUUUGCUGUUAGACGAGCUUAUAGACGAGUUUGCGUGUGAGGUAAUAUCUUUUUUGUUGAAAGCGUGAGGUGUAGAUAGGUAAAGCCAGUGAAUUUGUACAAAAGUGCAUUUUUUGGAUUGCAGAACGUAUUUGUUGAGUCUGCAUGUUCCCAAAUUCUAAGGGACAAGCACAUAGGAAUUUUGGUUUGGUGAGUAAGUUUUUCAGUGAGGGGAACAAUUGUUGAUAGAAUUCAUUACAUUUUUUGGGUCAUUUGUUAAACCUAAAGUUGAUAAGGUUUGUGCAGUGAUUGCUUCAUUCUUGUAUAAAACACAAUUUUCACAAAGGUUGUUGAGAGUGAAUAGAGUGUUUGUUUUCCCACUA